AUGCAAAAACGUUAUAGAAAAAUUCAUCAAAUUUUAAAUACACAUAAAGAAUUAAUAAUUCAUUUACAAAUUUAUCUCAAAUCAAUCGAUCAAUCUAGAUCAAUAAUUAAUAUAUUUGAUAAAGAAAAAUUAAAAAUUUUACGUAAUUUUAAUUCUAUAUCAGAUUCUUCUCAUCUUAAAUAUACAAUAUUUGAUGAAAAUAAACAAUAUUCAAUGCGUGAUAUUUCAAAAACAGAUACUUUCUUUUUAUGGCUUAAAUUAAUUAGAAGUGUUUUACAAAAAGUUCAUCACACACAUAAUACAAUGAAAGAAAUGUUAGAUGAAUGUCGAGAUUAUUAUAAAGAUAAUAUUGAAGAAUUAAAUAAAAUAGAAGAGUUUAGUAAAAAGUAUAAAAGUGAAAAUGCUAUUCAUUGGUAUACAACACCAACAUUUGUUUCAAAACUUAUUAAUAAAGCAUUACGAACCGAGGAUUUUCGUGCACUUUAUAUUUGUCGAGCUUAUAUUGCUGAUUUAUCUGAACAACUACAUAAAGAAUAUGAACAAUAUAAACAAUUAUUAAUUGAAUUUGAACAACCAUUAACUCAAUGGAUUGUUUAUCAUGGUCGAACAAUGUCAAAAGAAGAAAUAGAUAUUUUAUGUAGUAAAAAAAAUCAAUUAAUAUCAUUAAAUGGAUUUUGA